GAUUUACCGUGAAUCGAAACAAUCGUUUAAAUUUAGAAUUUCUAGGAAUAUAUGUAACUUUGACAGUCUUCUCAACUAUUACAACUCUGUCCAAUAAUAAAAUAGUCAUUGGAUAGUCUUGUGUGAGCGUGCAAUGACUAGACAUAUUGAAAAUUUUUGUUUCAAAGGAUUUUCAACUAUCCCAAUGAAAACAAGAAAGAAAUUUGUAAAAUCUCCAAUCAAAGGAAGAAGAUCAAACAAUGUUUGUUUCAAAAAAAGUCCAAUGUUACGCAAAAAUCCUCAUCAAAGUUUUAGAAAGCUAUAUAGAAAUAAUAAAACAGCAGUUUAUGAUAGUCCAUUAAAACAUCUAUGCAAAACUAAUUUAAAUACAGGUAAUUGCCUAUUAAAUUGUAAUAAAAAGAAUGUUUCAAAUAGUACGCUAUCAAGGAUCAAUGAUACCAUUGAGGAUAACAAAUUUUCCGACAGUAUAAUAAUUAUAGAAGAUACAAACUUUUCCCCAAUAUCAAAAAGAAUAUUAAGCAAUUCAAAAACGAAUAAAUUAUCUAAUCAGUUCGAUGGAAGUUCUGUUAAUACUGGACCAUUAUCGAAUAGUGAAGAAAUUGUAGUAAUAGAUUGUAAUGACUCAUUUGUAGAAUCUGCAACCAGCAACAAUAUAUUAGAUGGAAAUAUAAAUUUACCCAAUUCAAGUGAAAACCUCGUUGAUUCUGUAAUUAUAAUAGACCCAGAUGAUGAAUUACCUGUUCAGACAGCAAAUACAGUACCAAAAUCUAAUGAAGAUUGCUUUGUUGUUUGGUCAUCAUUACCUUGUACAUCGACUAAUAAAUUAAAUAAUCCCUCCAAAUCUCAUACGAAUGAUUUACAUAAUAUAAAUUCAAGAUUAUCAGAGAAUAAUAAAAUUAUAGUUGAUACACAUCCUGAUUUAAGAAAUCUCAAUUAUAUAAAUAAUGAAAACAACGAGCCAAUUAAAAAUCAAACCGACAGAAAUGUUAAAGCAAUAUUAACAAGACCGCAUGCUAAAAUAACAUCCGCAACUAAAAGUACUGUAAUUGAAACAAAAUCACUAGUCACAGUGAUGUCUGCAAAGAAAUUUACUAAAAAGUCUCAAACUAAAAAUGAGAAAAAGAUUACAGCUCCAUUUAUAAAAAGGACCAAAAAUAACGGUGAACUGAUUUUUUUAUCAGAGCCUAAAGAAGAUAACGAAGUUGUAACAAAAGUAAAAAAAUUUAAAAAAGGAAAACUUAGAGAAAUAGUUAUUGAUGGGAGCAAUAUUGCUAUGGCGUAUACAAAUAAUAAAAUAUUUUCUGAAACAGGAAUUAAAGUACUUAUAGAUUAUUUUACGAAAAAAGGACAUACUAUAAAAGUCUUUGUUCCUCAGUAUAGAAGGUCGCGUAAGUUUCCAUUAUUAGAAAAAUGGUAUAAAGAAGGUAUUGUUGUGUUUACGCCAAGUCGAAAACUCGGUAACAAAUCGUAUACGCCCUACGAUGAUCGGUACAUUUUGGAAUAUGCUACAGCAUGUAAUGGUAUUGUAGUAUCUCAAGAUCAAUUUAGAGAUUUAUAUACCGAAAAACCGCAGUAUCGUGAUACUAUUGAAAAUAGAUUACUCGUACCUACGUUUGUCGGCGAAUAUGUGAUGUUCCCUGAGGACCCAUUGGGAAGGGAUGGACCUACUUUAGCAGAUUUUUUAAAACAUCAGUAAUAUUACUUAUUGUAUAAAUCUCAAUUACAGGUACUUUAUAAAGGACAAAGAAUUGAAUUAUUUUUUUAAUGAAAAAUUAAAAAUACUGCAAAAAAUAAGUUUUAUUUUAUAAAUA